AUGAUUGGUGACAUUGGGGCACAUAAGCCUGACGACCCUGUCUGUACAUCAAUCUCCACUCCUCAGGAACAAGAUGCUCGUCCUCCUCUCCGUACAACGCCUGUUACGCAAGAUUCCUCUAAUUCGCUUCAGGUCGUCUCCUCUCCUUCCGAGUCUGAAUUAGCCUGUGUUGUUCAGACUCGUGUUGCUUCAGCGCGUGUGAGACGCCUGCAUCCGCCUGUUCUCUCGGACUUACAACCACUCAAGGUAACGCCCGCCGACUUUGCUCGUUUACAGGAGACCUGCCCCUCCCUCGGCGCAGUGCGCGCCAAGGCUACUGCCGGACUGCCCGAUGUAGCCCGGAAUGGAGCGUCCUACAAGUUCUCCUGGACGAAUGGACUCCUGUAUAGAGACUGUGUCGCUUCUAGCCGGCCCGGCAAGGUCGGGACUCGGACGUUGGUGCUCCCUUCUGACUGCCGUCAAAUCGUGCUACAAGUGGCCCACGAGAGUCCCCUCGCCGGUCACUUCUCUCAUCGGAAGACGGAAUCGAAAGUGAGCGAUAAUUUCUUCUGGCCUGGCAUGUGGGCCGAUAUCCGUGACUACUGUCGGUCCUACGACAUAUGCCAGCGUAAGUCUUAUAAGGGCCAGGUUAAACCCGUCCCCCUCCAACCACUGCCUGUCGUCACGGAACCAUUCUCCAGAGUUGCUGUGGAUGUGGUGGGCCCUCUCUCUCCGCCGUCUGCAGAUGGACACUGGUAUAUUCUCAUCCUGAUUGACUUUGCCACAGGGUUCCCUGAAGCCAUUCCACUCAAGGAUGUGGACUCUGUUUCUGUUGCUGAGGCUCUUCUGUCUUUAUUUUCCAGGGUCGGAAUUCCCCGGGAAAUCCUGAGCGACAGAAGUACUCAAUUCACUUCUCAGCUAAUGGCCGAGCUUCACAAGCUACUUGCGAGAAGCCUAGAGUGGCAUCGCUACCUUAUUCCGACUUUGUUUGCCCUCAGGGAAGUGCCCAGCGACCGCACCGGCUUGUCGGCCUUCGAUCUCCUCUACGGGCGCACUGUGCGAGGGCCCUUGACUGUCCUGAAGGACUUAUGGGAAGACCGUGACCUGCAGGAGGAAGAACGAACGAGUCUGCAAUACGUCAUCGAGCUCAGGGAGAAACUGACCGAAUGUGCUCAGCUCGCCGCCCGGGAGGCUGACGUAAGUACUGCAAAGUACAAGUCUUAUUUUGACCUGCGAUCUCAAGAUAGACGAUUCAAGCCUGGCGACGAGGUCCUAGUUCUUCUCCCUGACUCUACCAAGAAGUUCCUCGUUUCCUGGCGUGGCCCAUUCAAAGUGUUGGAACGACGAAACAAGGUGGACUACCUGGUUGAUGACCCGAGGGGGCCUAAGCUGUACCACGCCAACCUCCUAAAAAGGUACCAUCGCCGCGAUCAAGUAAACUUCGCGUAUGUCAUGGACGAUACUUCAGCGCCGGAUGAUGACUGUUCACCCACAGGACCUUUGGAAGCAGAGGACCCUGACGACCUUGUUCCCCGUCCUUUGGUCUGUACCGUUCCUGAUUCCGCCCUCAACCCGGCGCUGGACAUCAACAAGUCCCUGGAGUGGAACCAGCGCUCAUCGUUAGAAGACGUACUGUCCACCUUUAAGGACGUAUUUUCACAGACUCCAGGUUGCACCAACACCCUGCAACAUGACAUAAUUUUAACCACCACCAACAGAGUCCUCACGAAGAACUACCCUGUGCCGAUCCACCUCCGUCCUUACUUUGAGAAGGCAUCAUCCAGCCGUCGUCCUCUCUACACUGCUCUCCCUUGGUAA